GACUUCCCCGGAUGCGUGCUCCAAGAUCGCGCCGGUGCCGCUCAGUUUUUCGUAACGGGCCGUUCGCGAAAAUUCCGUAUUCUUUUCACGGCAAAAGCGCGCGCCAAGUGAUUGGAGGAAAUCCACGACGGCUUUUUCUCUAUUCGGCGAACGCAUAACUUUGUUCGAAACUUCGCGCGUAUUGAGCACGUUUUGAGCGCGAAACUGAGUGCGAAGCGAUUUUAUCACGGCUUCGAAUAAAUUGCAAAAAACCUGUGUCUGCGAGUGGUUACAUCACAGUUCAGCUGAUCUAUUGGAUUAAUUUUGGAAGUGCCGAACCAGUGUUGAAGAGCUUCCGAAUUGCUCUUUCGUUUUGCUUAUUUUUUGGUGCGGUUUUCUCUGGAAGCUGAGAAACCUGAGUGUAUGUAGUGGUCGAAUCGCGGCCGAAAGUGACUAAUCAACUUAUUUUAAUUUCGUUUAAGUAAUAUGUUAUUUCGUUUGAAAGUCCAUCUCAUCCGGUGUGUUGAGUUAUUCGUGUUUUAUUUGCUACUUUAGUUAAACUUAUUGUAAAUAAAAAUCCAAAAUAGUUUGUUUACAUCAUGUGAGAGUUUUUAUCACACUAAAAACGCAUUUUAAAUUAUGCUCUGUGCCGAAAAUUUUUUCUGCGCUCUUUUCACUGUGCGCGUUUAAUUUAAAGGGAAUAUAACAUGUGUUAUCAAAGUCCCAGUCAGUUCGCCCUAAAAUAUCGCGAAUAAUCCAACCCGGUUUAUUAUUGUGUCUUACACACUGGAGGUUACAUUUAACUCCACUGGAAUACGCGCGCCUCAAAAUUAAAUGGAAACAAGCUCAAAACACAAAGUCAAGCAGAAACGAAAAAGAAAACGGAAACCAAUUCGAGUUAUCAUCCGCCAGUUUUGAGUAUCUUGGCCGCGAAUGAUUAGCGCACCCUUUGAUAACCGCAGAUAACACCUCUGAAAUAAUGUCCGCGGCAGCGCUAACUUUCUAAUGGAUGUUCAGCAGCGCCGUUCGGAGAGCAUGGCAUUUUCCUUUUACAGCUACAUUUUAUUGCUCAUGAGUUUGCAUCACUGCAGGGGUGGCUCCACGCUGGCGCCGGACAACUCGAUUUUAGUGCCUCCCAUCAAAUACGACGCCCCUGACGACUGCCAAUGGUGGAUUAGAGACGGGUCCAACGGGAUCACGCCGGAUGAGGUGGCCCUCAUCUGUAAACUGCGGACGAUCAACAGUGAAUUCGACACGACGAAUUUCAGCGUCAUCCCUUCCGAACACACCACCUCGCUUCGGAUCGAGUGCAACGAGGAGCUCAUGUCGAAAAGCUCCAUCAAUGACCGGAGCUUUGCGCAUCUGACCAAGCUACGCGAGCUCACCCUCGCCAACUGCAAGCUCGCUAGAUGGUCGAGCGACACCCUUGCCGGUCUGGCCAACCUGCGCAACCUCACGGUCAAGACCAAGAACACGGACUGGCCGACGAUGAGCUUGGACGUGGGGAAGGGGUCCUUCGAGCCGGCCAAGCUACUGGAACGUCUGGACCUGAGCACCAAUAACAUUUACAACCUGCCCAGCGGCGUGUUCUGUCCGCUGUCAAACCUCGUGUUCCUCAACCUGAGCGAGAACCGCCUGCAGGACGUGAGCGACCUGGGCUUCAGAGAGAAAGCCGCGCCGCCGCCGCCCCCGCAACCGCUGGUCAGCGGCCAGGAAGAGCUUGGGCAGCCCAUUAGCCGAUUUGACAGCUUGUGCAGUCUCAAUAUCCAGACGCUCGAUGUUUCGUACAACCACUUCGUCCUCCUGCCCACGCUCGGGUUUAGUACAUUGAAGCGGCUCAAGGAUCUCUACCUGAACAACAACGAGAUCUCCAUGAUAGCCGAGCGCAGUCUCCACGGGCUGAAGCAGCUUCAAAUUUUUGACCUGAGCAGCAACAGGAUCGUAUCGUUGCCUGUUGAUAUGUUCCGGGACUGCGCGGAUAGCAUCACUGAGAUAUACCUUCAAAAUAAUUCCAUAAAUGUCUUAUCUCCCGAGCUUUUCACGAAUUUAAAUCAGCUGAUGUCGUUAGACUUAUCUUUCAAUCAGUUAACUAGUGCGUGGAUCAACAAAGACACUUUCAGCGGCCUCAUCCGAUUGGUGCUCCUCAACUUGUCACACAACUCGAUCGCCCGGCUCGACGCGUCCAUGUUCCACGAUCUGUACACGUUGCAGAUUUUGAACUUGCAGAAUAACCAAAUCGAAUCCAUCCAACCGGACACGUUUGCUCCCAUGAGCAACCUGCACACGCUCAAGCUGUCGUCGAAUAAAAUUAAAUCCAUCGACGUUUACGCUUUUAACGGUCUGUAUGUUAUGAGUUACCUGUCACUGGACUAUAAUAUGAUCGAGCGACUGCACCCUGAUGUGUUCAAAAACUGUACGGGUCUCCAAGACCUCUACCUGAGUAGCAACCGACUGUCGGUCGUUCCGGCCGCCCUCAGGGACAUGCAUUUGCUGCGGACGGUCGACCUCGGCGAAAACGCCAUCUCCGAAAUCGACAUGAUCCAUUUCCGGGGACUUAGCAAGCUGUACGGAUUACGACUGAUCGGGAAUAGAAUUAAAAAGGUGACCAACCGCUCACUGUCUUCUCUACCAGCUCUCCAGAUUUUGAAUUUGGCGCGGAAUAAAAUUGACCACGUCGACCAGUCUGCCUUCGCAAUGAAUAGCAACCUGCAAGCUGUGCGGCUGGACGAUAACCUCCUCAAAAGCAUCGAGGGAAUUUUUAUCAACGUACCCAGCCUGCAGUGGUUGAACGUUUCGGACAAUCAAAUCUCUUAUUUUGACUAUAACUUACUGCCGCCCAAUUUACAAUGGCUAGACGUGCAUAAAAACAACAUCAGCGAGUUGCAUAACAGAGAUCACCUUGAAAACACCCUAAAAAUUCAAAUUUUCGACGCGAGUUUCAAUAAAUUAGUGAAAGUGACGCCGGUUUCUAUCCCCAACAGCGUGGAACUGUUGUUUUUAAACGACAACCUGAUCAAGACCGUGGAGCCACACACGUUCCUGAAAAAGCUCAACCUGACACGUGUGGAUCUGUACGCCAAUCAGAUCGCCGAAAUGGAGCUGAACGCGCUGGCUCUAACCCCGGUCGAGAUGCGGAGGUCGCUGCCCGAGUUUUACAUCGGCGGGAAUCCAUUCCAGUGCAACUGCAAAAUGGAGUGGCUCCAGCGCAUUAAUAAAUUAGACCACUUGCGACAGCACCCACGCGUUAUGGACCUCGACAGCGUUUACUGCCGGCUCCUGUACAAUCGCGAUAAAGUCUUCGUCCCUCUCCUCGAGGCCGAAUCCACUCAGUUCCUCUGCAAGUACAAAACUCAUUGCUUCGCCGUGUGUCACUGUUGCGACUUCGACGCGUGCGACUGCGAGAUGACCUGCCCGCAGAACUGCACGUGCUACCACGACGACUCCUGGUCGAGUAACAUCGUCGAAUGCUCGUCUGCCGGCUACACGAGCAUGCCGACCAAGAUCCCGAUGGACGCCACCGAGGUGUACAUCGACGGGAACCAGUUCGGCGAGCUGUCCUCGCACUCAUUCAUCGGUCGGAAGAGUCUCAAAAUACUCUACGCUAACCAUUCUAACAUAGUCUCCAUAAAUAACCAUACUUUUAGUGGACUGAAACGCCUGACGGUGCUUCAUCUGGAGAGCAAUUUCAUCAAGCAACUCCUCGGCUACGAGCUUGUCCAUCUGGAGAGCUUGCGUGAGCUCUACUUACAAAAUAACCAAAUUUCCUACAUUGAUAAUGGCACUUUUCUAGGAUUGAAACUUUUGGAAGUACUGCGACUUGACGGAAACUUUCUUGUGAAUUUCCACGUGUGGCAAUUGACAAUGAACCCGUAUUUAGUAGAAAUCACGUUGGCAAACAACCGAUACUCGUGCGAGUGCGACUACAUGAAUCAGUUCAAAGCGUGGUUGAAAACGAACACGGGGAAGGUGAUCGACUACGAGAAAAUCCUGUGCCUAGCUGACAACAAAACCGCUACCUUCAGCCCGCCGGUCAUGCACUACAACAAAUCUACGAACUGUGCGAAUUUUUUUGGGUCGCACCUUCUCAUCGAGCAUCACAUGAUGGAUGACUACAUAUUUCUAUUGCUAAUGACUCUCAUGAUAUUCAUAUUCGCGGUCGCAGUGGUGUGCUGCCUCUUCGCGCAUCGCAAAAGUAUAAAGCUGUGGAUGUACUCGCGGUGCGGUAUCCGAAUCUGCUACAAAACCACGCACUUCGAGGAGUUCGACAAAGACAAGUUAUACGAUGCGUACAUCAAUUACAGCAUCAAGGAUGAUGCUUUCGUGACGCAGGCUCUGGCCCCGGGGCUCGAGCAGAAUCCCACGCGCUCGUACCAGGUGUGCCUGCACUACCGUGACUUCAACAUUAGUUCCUACGUCUCGGAUACGAUUAUCGAAGCGGUCGAGUCGUCCCGGAGAACGAUCAUAGUCAUAUCGAAACAUUUCGUGGAGACCGAGUGGUGUCGGUUCGAGUUCAAGUCGGCGCUCCACGAGAUCCUCAAGGACAAGUCGCACAAGAUCAUCCUCAUCAUUUUGGGCGACGUCCUGCAGAAGGAUCUGGACCCGGACCUUCGGUUGUACAUAAAGACGAACACGUGUUUACAGUGGGGCGAGAAGCAGUUCUGGCAGAAGCUCAAGUACGCCAUGCCCGAGGUGCGACGGAAUACGUCGCUGAAAAGUGUUCAUAGUUUAAGCCAUCACCACCAGAGGUCGUCGGUGAACGUCUACGCUUCGACGGGGAACUUCGAACCCGCGCUGCCGGAGCCGCCACCCCCGGUCAAGUUGUUGCCUUUCCUCCAGCACCCGAAUAACCUUCAAGCCGCUAGGAGUCAUAGGAUUUUAGCCGAGCAACCGUUGUGGGCAUAGCGGAUGCUUUGCCACAGUCAAAAGCUGUGGCCGCACGACCUUUCCUCAACUGUGGAUUUGCUGAGUUACCAUCCCGUUGUUCACUCACCCUCUACGUACACUUGUGGCUGUACCGAGGAGAUAUCUUCCUACUGAAGGAAACAUUUCUUCCUUACGACGAUUCUCCUAUUUACUGAAGACGCUGUUAUUGCUCCGUCACAGAAAAGCAACUCACAUAUCGAUAAAUUUUCAGUAUAGGUAGUGCUGAAAAGAGAUUAUGUCACCGUUAUUGUUUGCAUUGACAAGGCUCACUUGCAAGGUCUAUAUAGACUAGUAGAAAAUCACUUGUUGCCUCUUCAAAAUCUUACGAAAAAAUUAAUUAACACGUUGAGAAGUUCGGAAACAAACACUUGAAAGAUGAAUGAGUAUGUUUGGCACAAUAUUGUGAUGGAAAUUAAAUUUUAAAAAUGAUGUCAUUUGCAUUUUCGCCAUUUAAACAAUGUUAAUUGUCAGGUCUAAAAUCUUGUUUUGGAGUUGACGUCCCGUUAUGAUUCGUUUUCCCCGUUCUACACAAAUUAUUCUAUAUGUAAUUUUCAGCUUCCAUUUUAAUCUUGUGGAAUUGGAGGACUUGGAUUAACGAAGAAUCUGCAAAAUAGGUAACUACAACUACACGACUGAAAUAGCGUCCUUGUAAAUAGUCCUAUGAUGUAAAUUCAAUUUAAGUUUCACUAUCCUUGUGGGAUAAAACCAGGGUAAAUGCCUUUUUUUCUUGUACAUAAAGCUGAAAAUUUUAGGUAAAGU